UUGAAUUUCAAUAUCCAAAGUCGAUUCAAGAUGGCGACAGUGACACAUUCAUGGGGCUGUCAAAUUGGCUUCGGAUCCGCCUAAAUUUCAACUUUUUACAACUCUUUUCAUAAACACAUCACUAUUAUGAGAUCUACAUAGAUAAUAGGUCCAAUCCAGGCCUAGAAAAAAUGGAAGCACGAGUAGAAUACAAUUAUGUGGCACAAGAGCCAGACGAGCUGACUCUGAAGAAAGGAGAUAUCAUUAAGGAAAUAAAAGUAAUGUUCGGAGGAUGGUGGGAGGGUACCUUGAGGGAUAAACGAGGCAUGUUUCCCGACAACUUUGUCAAGGUAUUGGAACCGUCAUCUCCGGGUGGAGGUGGAGAAGGGAACUCGAGUUUAGAAACCGAAGAUGUCACCCUACGUAAUGGGGCAUCAGCUGCAGAUAGGGGAAAGAAAUGGUGCAAAGUUUUAUUCAAUUACGAGCCUUGCAAUGAAGAUGAACUAACGCUCAUACCUCAAGACAUGAUAGAAUUCUUAGGCGAAGUAGAAGAAGGAUGGUGGAAAGGCAGGCUCAGAGGACGCAUUGGUGUCUUUCCAUCUAAUUUUGUCUCAUCUCCUGCUUUCGAAGAACCGGAAGCAGUUAAGGAGAGAGACAAGAAAGAACUCUGUCGAGUUAUAUUCCCUUAUGAAUCCGUCAACAAAGAUGAACUGACCCUUGUGGAAGGUGAUAUAAUUACUCUCCUUUCCAGAGAUGCACCUGAUAAGGGCUGGUGGAAAGGAGAGUUGCGAGGCCAAAUAGGAUUGUUUCCGGAUAAUUUUGUUGAAGUAAUCGGUGUAAAGGGUGAUCAACAUCACAGUCAGGAACAAAGUCAAGCCACUUCAAAAUCCAGUACGAAACCUUCACAUGGUACUAAAAAAAGUGAAAAGGCACAUAUAAGGAAAAGUUUAAAUUCCCGAAAUAUUCAUACAGAAAGUUCUAAAAAAUCAUCGUUAUCCUCGUCCGUGUCCUCGUCGUCGACACUGAUCGGCAUUGUAGGAGGAAGCGGUGAUAAGAAGAUAUCCGGCAAUCAUUCACUGAUGUCGAGCUUAAAGCGAAUUGUUGGCGAAGAAGGGAGUAACAACGAUAAUGGAGCCACUACUACAGGUUUGGAUGAAGAGUUGGAUGGAGUAGAACGAGGGGAAGGAACACCACUUUCGCAUUUAACAGCUUCUCGAGCGAAAGCUCCACGUCGACGUCUACCCUCAACGCAGCACCUUCGCCAAACUAGCAUUUCCGCUGCUCCUCUUCCACCCAAUAGUAGUGCCGCAAAUGUUACGACUACUACGGAGGAUAGCCUAGCAAAUGGAAAUAUUGAGGCUACUUCUGAACAGUUGCGCGACAAGGAUACAGAGGGUCCUACGGGAAGGGUAAAGCGAUUCUCGCCGUGGGUGGAGGAGUUAAGAAUGAGUCAGAUGGAGAGAAUGAAGGUUAGCUCGGUCGAUAGGGUCGACAAGGUGGAAGUCAAGAAAGAAAAAGGCUACUCACGAUUAAUGACAUCCAGUACUGCAGAGAGUGCAAUAAAGCCUGAUCCAGAUGCUGAAGAUACCACUCCGAAAGAAAAGGAUAAAAAUCAGAGAAUUGAGUCUUCAAGCCUCCCCGAACCACCUACAUGUCCAGGAACGGCCACUGCGUACGUUCCAUAUAUCCUUUACAGUCAACUCUUGGAAAGGGUCACCAUGUUGGAGGAGAAACAGAUAAUUCUGCAACGAACGGUCAAUCAGCUCUCCGAACAGCUGGUUCCCCUCCUGGGUAAUGUCUCGACCAACAACAAAGCAUAAAUAAUUUCUACCGCAUUAAAAAUUCGCCGUGCAUUCCCUCCCUCGGGUAACCGACGCUGCUCUGCUAAUUCUCUGUCACUACUUCUAACAAUUAACUAUUAUAACUAUCACUAUUAUUUUACAUUCGUUGUUAUUACGUAUUUAUUAGUGCUGGUGGCAGCGGUUAUUGUUUGCCUUACCAUUGCGAUUACAGUAUUCUUCCGGUCCUUAGCUGAAAGCACAACAUUCCACGCGACGUUUUACGCGGCCUCCCUUCAAUUUUUUGAUAUUCGCAUUUUACCGCUCUUUUUAACGAUCUCACCGCUACGACUGCCAUGCGUCUUGUUUGCGUCGUCGCGCUUUGUAUUGCGACACAUCUCGGUAAUCACGUCCAGCAAGAUUUCUUUCUAAUAUCUUAGCGAUACGAACAGCAGGAAUAAAAAAUUCCGCAGCUCUUCGGUUCACUUCGGUUAAUGAUUGAGCGACAUAUUGCCAACGGAUUACGUGGUAUGAGUUAAAAUACAUAAUAAUAGAGUUCACUUGAUCGCAAGUGGAUGGUUUUUUUGUUGUGUAAUGUCUGGCUCAAUUUUUGGCUCAGCAUGGUACAGAGUACUAAUUCUGUCAUUGCACAGGUGCUUUCUAUUUUAUUAAAUGUUCAACAUUCACGCGAGCACCGGACACCCUAGAAUUUUUGUUAAGUACUUAAAAUGCUUGCUCGAUGUCGGUGGAUACACGUGAUUUUCGUUUCCACCAAAUCGCUGCCUCAUAACGAUAAAGAAAAGAUGGUGAAUAUACGAUAAGUUUAACAAGUAAUCCGACUGUGCCAAUAUCGUAACUCACACGGUUUAUUCUGUAUCAGUGAUGCGUUCGAUCCGGUGAUUAGACUAAGAUGACGAUUCGGUCAAACUGUGUCAGCCCGUUGAAAAGGAAAAUGUAAAGGAACACAGAGGAUUUGAGAUAUUCGCGAUUAGACGAGCAACAGAAUCCAUCGCGCCGUAAUCGUUCAAGUAAGAUGUAAUUAGAGCAGGGUACCUGUUAGGAGUUCGAUACAUGAUUUGCUUGAAAAUUAAACCUGCACUUUGUUUGACGUUAAUUGAAAGGAAACAAUUAUAUUCUACGAAUAGGAUGAUUAUUAACGUGAAUAUUUGUUAAUAAUGACCUCAGGACAAAGUACAAACCUAAUUUUAAAACACAUUUGGCAUGAAACUAUUUUAAGUACCCAGCUCUGAAUAUAACAGGACAUAAUGCAGCUUCAACGUGGUUAUAAUGGUGCUAAUCAGUGGUAGACGAUAUAAUUAGACGUAACAAAAAAGAAAUGGCAGUGUACGAGUAGAACCCUUCAUUAAUCAAUGUAAUAUUUGUGAGUUGUGAGAAGCUAGGUUGUCGAAGGCACGUCGCCUCUCAAUAUCGACCGAUCCUCUAUGUCGCUUUAUAUCUAAACGAAAAUCAAUCGUUUUGUACUUUUAUAUUGUGCAACAAUAUUGUAAAAUUGAAUUAGGCCGUUUAAACUCGUGCCAGCGAAAACUGGCGGAGCUGCUCCUCGGAGGAUGCGCUCUUGAUUAAUAUUAUUAUUUAUUGUGUCCUAAAGUGGGCGUAGAUUCCACCUAAUGUUGUCCUCGAUAACGAAGGCCAUUUCUUCUAACGGAUGGCGACGUAUUUAAGCUGGAGUUUCGUUGCUUAAAAUAAUUUUAAGCUAUUUACAUUCCGUCGAUUUUCAUAUUUGUUGUAGUCCAAGAAAUACCUAGCUGUACGACUGGAUGCAAUGGGUCGUAACGAUUUGUCUACCACGCAGACAAGAGAUUUUAGCAUGUCCAAGAGUUGUCGAGUUUCCUCGAAUAUUAUCCACCUAGGUACAAUUUGCAAGUAAGACGCGAAUCCGCGACGACGGGUCUCGGCUAACAACUGGCAAAUCAAACCGUAUAUCCCGUUUCGUUGGUUGGAAUGCAGUCUGCCGCUUUUCUUUCCGUUAGAUCAUUCCUAUUCACAAGAGUCCUGCUAAGAGUGUUAACUGGAUGUGGGUGCAGCUUAGACGCUACAAUGUUAGCAUAAAUACAUCGUGAGGCACGAGUGCUACCAACAAUGUGGUCGAAGGGAAGCGCCUCGACCUUAUCGUGGUUAAUCCUAAGCCUCUAGAACGUAAGACGAUAGUUACUAAAUGAUGUUAACAAAGAGUCGAAAGAGAAGGGCAGACGAAGGGGACUCGCUGAGAAACGUUAUAGAAUUUAUGUACAUACAUAGAGGACAGAAUGAGAGUUAUAUUUUUCUUUCCUCUUGUUUUCGCGCCAAACACGUCACACGGAGUCGUGCCAGAUUAUUCGUAUUUGUAUGUAAAUAUUUAACUGAAGUAAAUCUUUCUCUACGUACUUA